UCCCUCUCUCUAUUUUCUUGGCUUUAUUGUUCUUCACCAAAUUUAAGUUCUUGCUUACCUUUCCUCUAACUACCCUCUCUUUUUAUGAAAAAAAUGCAAUCAUUUUGAUCCCACAAUUCAUUCAUUUCCACUCAAAUUGCACUCACUUGCCUUUGCCAAGUAUAAAGAAUCCCAAGUUAAAAAUAUCAAACUGGGACUUUAUUUUUCUUCUGUAUCUCUUCCUUUUAAGAAUUGCCCAUUUUUUGGUCUGGAUUUUGAGGUUGAAUUAAUAAACUUAUUGAAUGGAGAACCAGUUUUUCGUUAAUGCAGGAAUCCCAUCACCUGCACCGCCAUUGCACUUUGGGUCAUCGAUGCCAAUGUCAGAUUGGCAGUCCCUGUCUUCAGCCAUGGAAAUUCAGUCUCAAGAUUGUUUCCCCACCCCCAACUGGGAAAAACCAACGGAUUAUGGUCUACAGUUUGAGUCGGCCUUGAGUUCCAUGGUGUCUUCCCGAGCUGCUUCCAAUUGCAAUGUCUCCAGUGAGAGCUUAAUAAUCAGGGAAUUGAUAGGGAAAUUGGGGAGCAUCGGCAACGGUGGUGAGAUCCCCCCGCAUUCUCAGCCCUUGUUGGCUUCUUACAUCAAUGGCAACAACAGUUCAAACACUUCUUGUUAUAGCACCCCAUUGAAUUCCCCUCCUAAGUUGAACUUGCCAAUGGUGGAUAGCUUGGUUAAAGAGAAGCUUCCCCCGAAGGGGCUGAAUUCCAGCGUGGCGGAUUUCUCAGCUGAUCCUGGAUUUGCGGAGAGAGCAGCCAAAUUCUCUUGCUUUGGAAGCAGGAGUUUCAAUGGUCGAACCACUCAAUUCGGACCCAAAGACAAUACUGAAUUUGCUGCUUUUAGAUCCAAUCCCUUGGCAGCAAAUGCCAAGCUACCGCGUGUUUCCAGUAGUCCUUCUAUAAAGGCAAUGGUAUCUCAAGGCACCACCACCAACAAGAACACCCCAUUGCAGGACCGAUCUGAGUUAGCCAAUUCUCAAGAGGAAUCCAUCGUUUCAGAACAAAAUCCCAAUGGCGAGCCUGGUUUGAAAGCUUCAAAUUCAAGGAAAAGAAAGGCGGUUCCCAAAGCAAAAACAAAGGAAACUUCAUCAUCCCCAUCCGCAAAUGCUUCAAAGGUGACUGAACCCAACGAAGCAUCAAAUGAAAAGCGAUGCAAGUUAUCAGACAGCAAUGGAAAUGAAAAUGGCUCUGCUAAAGCAGAGGAAGAUGCCAAAGGAGACAAGGCUAACAAUACAAAGGCUCUUGAACCUCCCAAGGACUAUAUUCAUGUUAGAGCAAGAAGGGGUCAAGCCACUGACAGCCAUAGUUUAGCUGAAAGAGUCCGUAGAGAGAAAAUCAGUGAGAGAAUGAAGCUUCUGCAAAAUCUUGUUCCCGGUUGCAACAAGGUCACUGGAAAAGCCUUAAUGCUGGACGAGAUUAUAAACUAUGUUCAAUCAUUGCAGCGACAAGUUGAGUUCCUCUCAAUGAAGUUAGCUUCAGUGAAUACCAGGCUGGACUUUAACGUGGAGAGUUUAAUGUCAAAGGAUAUAUUUCAACGAAACAACACAUUGCAGCAGCCAAUAUUCGCAAUAAAUUCCUCAGCAUCAACCUUUUUCGGGCACCAACCUCAGCAAAAUCCAGCAUUGCAUAGCAAUAUGUCUAAUGGGACAAUGACCCAAUGCUCAGUGGACCCUUUGGAUACUGCUAUCUGUCCCAAACUCAACACCCAUUUGCCCCAAAUCAACCAGUUUGUUGAAACUGUACCACCUCAGUACCCAACAUUUUGUGAAGGUGACCUGGAAACCAUAGUUCACAUGGGGUUUGGCCAAAAUCAGAGCCAAGAUAUGGCAUUACAUUCACAAAACUUCCAGGGGUCAAAUCAAGUUUCUCACAUGAAAGUUGAGCUCUAAUAACACCAUUCUUGGUCCUGGAUUAAAGGUCAAAAGCAGAGAAUUGCUGCUGUAUAUAAAAUGAACUUAUUACUGGCCCAAUGCAUCAGCUACGAUAACUAGGCUGCUAGCCAAUUAUGCUUAGGUUUAAAGUGGAGGAUUCUUUUUCCCUUUAUAAUAUUCUAAUAUUAAUAUUAGGGUUUUCUUUUUUGGGUUAAAUAAUUUGAUCUUCUUCUAAUUCUUUUUUCGUGGAGGGGUUUUUUUCUACUUACAAAUUUAUCCAAUGUAAAAUCUGUGUAUUCAAGGUGCAAAAGAUGUUAAAGCCAAAAUGCACCAACAUUUGUAAGAUGUAAUAUUUUAAUCAAAUUAAUGCUAAUUAAGCAGCUUUCAUUUUCUA